GAGGUGUGGAGGCUUCAGAAGCGGAGACUCCGGAGCACAACGUAGUUCUAACUGGGCAGCCACAGAAGGGUGCUCGUGGUCGUGGGAGACCGCCGGGCACUUUCGGAAGCCGGCUGCUGCGUUCCAUGUUGCAUGCUUCGAGAACCCAUGACGACGGUGCCGACGUGCGUCAUGAGUCAGCUGCAAGGAGUGCACAGCCGGCGCAACCGGUCGUUGCAGAGACUAGAGAGACUAGCUUCUGCCAGGAUUUGGGGCCUCAUGUCUACGGAGUCGGAUUGGGUCAAGCUUUGUGGAGGGCUUGUUCCGGGGUGGCACAAGGCACAGCAAACCGCGAGGCCAGCAACGACAACAAGGUUUUCCGGCCGCUGUUGCAUUGGUCACGAAGCAUCACAAGCUUGAAAGCUGAGUCUGCCAAGCUACAGCUUGACCGCGGCACUUUGGCCAAAGACAUGAAGCAUUGUGCAGCAUCAGUGCUUUCUAUGUCUAAGCAUGCUUGGGGAGGAUUCUUGAAGGCCAUCCAGGACAGGAUGUCGACGUCUUGGAGACCUUUGGGCCUCUUCAAACGCCGCCGAUACGACGAGACGCCGACGAAGAUCAAGACCGCGAGGACAGUUCGGAACCGUGUGUUCGUGGGCCCUGGUGUUCACUCCUUCUCUUUGCCCUGCUCGGACCGCCAUGCCAGCAAUUUGGCAUGUGAAGCGGCCAUCUCAGCCCAAGAUACAGAGUGGCUCCUUUCACACACACUGUGCGACGUGCAUAAAGCUUCGCAGGUCCAGACCGCCAUGUUCGCCUUCCUCAAAUCCCAAAUCAGUGGGCUCAUAAGUUGUGCCCUUUCCAUGUACUCGGCCGGAGCGACCCAUAAACUCCGCCAAGCGCUCUUCGAAGUACUCGAUGACACCGUCGAAGUCCACAAGGGUGAGCCUCGGGAGGCCUGGGCAGACUACAGUUCCGGUGUGCUGGAUCUCUUCUUGGAUGCCUCUUGUGAUGACAGUGGGCGAGUUCCACAGGAGCGCUUUCUCUGUCAGAGACACGUACUCCUGGCUUUGUUGAAUGGAGACUGGCAAAACCCUGUCCCACACCAUUGGACGCCUCAAGCCGACUCGCUGGAUCGUUCCGAGCUUUUGCAACAGAUGAAAGAGCACCUUGUGCCAGCUUUAGUACCAUCCGCCUGCCCGACGUUCCAAAGAGCAAAAUGGACCGGUUGUCAGACAACUCUCGGAUGGGCAGGGCUACUUGGACUUUGCCACCAACUACUGCAACAAUCGAUGCAACGACUUCACGGGGCAAACCCUGUGGCUUCCGUGCAAGACAAUGCUGCAGCUGGGCCAGGUUGGGGAGGUGUAGCUGCAAAUGCAGCAGGCCCGCUGAAUCAUCAAGAUGAUGCUGGGGGCCCAGACGCCGACAACUUUCGAGGAGUGACGAGCGAAGACUUUCGUGACGGGUCUGCAGCUCCAACAGACGACGACUGGCUUGAGAAGCUGGACUUCAUGGUGGGAAAUAUUGAUUGGGCCGAGAUUAACCGGUGCAUGAAGAAGAAGGCCGUCCUAUGGGCAUCGCAUCCCAUGACGCCCACACUUCUUGUGUUGAUGCGUCAUUGCAUGCAGGCGCCGUUAAUGUUGAUGCACCACUUCUUGAAGAUCUCUGGGGACGAGUGGCAGGAAAGUCAACAGUUCUUGGCUGCAGCUGGUGGCGCCCGCUCCUUCCGGGUCUUGGAUGGUUUCCUGGGCCAGAGCAUGAAAGCUUUUUUCGAGACGGUGAGGCAGCAGUUCCAUGAGGCAUGUGAUGCUCUUCCCCAGAAAGGCUGCGUUCGCUCGACGAGAGUGUUGGCUUUCCGGCUCCUGGCUAGAGCUGCGGGCGCUUGCCGGUUGCUGUUGGCAGAUGAGCGGCGAGGGUACCCGUGGAAGCUGUUCGGGGCAUUAACAGGCGAAGCAGGGUGUCAAGCAAUCUUCAAUGACAAACCGUGCAUGUAUGAUCGUUUGACUUCUUACAUGAUCCAGCAGUUCCCCAGUGCGGAGCAAUUUCAAUCACGGGAUUGCCAGCUGCUCUUGAGCAGCUUGGCGGAGCUCAUGUACACCGACAUUGCACAAAUUGAGUGCAAGCACAGCUCCUUGAGAAAAGUCAACGUCAUCAGAGCGACCCAGAGCCAGACGCUUACUUUAGAGCUUGUGGCCGCAGACCUGGUCUGUCGCAAUUUCACCAGAAAGACUGCAGCGAAGCGGCGUCUGAUGUGUGGGCCACUGAAGGGGAGCCGAAAGCCAGGCAGACGUGCUCGCGGAGAGGCCCAAGUUGGAGCGCAACGGAAGAAAAAAGGAGGUGGUGGACCUUGGCGUGCAUUCUUAUCCAUGCACUCCAGAGGAAUGAAACUCACUCGUCGUUCACUCACACUGUUGAUGCAGCAGUACAGACACCUGAAAAGGAAUGACCCAGAGCGAUUCAGUGAGCUCUGUGCAGCUGGCCGACUAGGCACCAUUGCAGUGCGGCAUGGAGGUCCGGCAUUCGGUCGCAGGGGUAAAGUUCCACGUGCACAACUUGCUCGACAGAAUUGGUCUAACAUCCAUUUGCUGCAGCCUGUGGAAACAAGUUUGGCCAUCAUUCGAAGUGAUUGCCGCCUUGGCAAAAAGCGGAAGAGACAGGAGAAUGAAUUGGCCUGCGAGAAAUUCCGUAAAUGUUCGCAGGAGCUUGUCGGCACUGGGACAAUACCGCUUCCUCCUGGGACCUCCACAUCCAGCUCAGAUGCUCCCCCUGCUGCCAUUGUCUAUCCAGGGUCCUUGGCUGUUGUGGAUUUCAGCUUGCCGGCCAAUUUGCUUGAGGCCGGUUGGGAUCUGCCUGGCAAGAAUCUGCAGGGCUUGCGACCUGCGCUGACUGCCACGUGGACAGAACACUGCAUGAUGAGGUGUGUUAAGGACACAGCGGCAGCAGAGAGUUUGGGCCCACGGGAGACGGACUGCUACAAAUGGAAAACAUGCGUGUGCUCUGGAAAGGGUCUUGAUGGGUGGUAUUUCCAAUCCAACCUGGUUUCUUUGCUGAAGCCUCACACGGUACUUCGUCGCAACAAGGCGGGAGAAAAGCGGACCAAGAAGGAGCGAACGCCCUUGGCCAGAAGAUUGCUGGAUGAGGCGCUGCUUGUUUUGGAGUUGAGGAAAGAAGCAUCUGGGUUUGCUCCGGGUCCAUCAAGUCGUUUGAAUUAUUCUGGCAUUUACCGUGAAGAAGGCUGGGGUGACGCAGCACUUGCUGUUCUGCCGGCUCUUGCGAAUGACGGAGGCAAGAGUGAGUCUAGCGCUACCGUGCAGACCACUCGCUGGUUCCAUAUGUCCUUUUGCAACUUUCGCACCUAUGCCUUUGCAACCUUGGAGCUGGAGGAGGCUUCUGAACAGCCUUUCCGAGACAGGAAAAUCUUGUCUGUUCCGCAGGAGCCUGUUUUCCGAUCCAGCUUUGACACAUUCAAGGAGUGUAUUGACUUCGGCUGGCCAUGGACUGCCCGUUUACAUGUUAUUUUGCAAGACGAAGAAGCCCUGCCGAUGCUCGACAUGGCUCCUAACGUCGUCGAAGUUUCUGCUUUGGAGUCGAUACCCGAGUUCCGGGGCUCCUUCGAAGAGAGACUCGAGCGGCAGAGACGAGCACGAGAACGUGCUGCUGCUGCUGCCCGCAAGGAAAAGAAGGCAGAAUCGCGACUCAGAGGACAGCGUCCACAUGAUUCCCAAGAUGCAGUGGAUGCCGGGGACUGGCAAGAGGAUGUGAACAUGGAAGCUGCUGGAGUUGGCAGUGUUGAUUUUGAUGCAAAUUUCGAGGACACUCAGACUCAGCCGAUUGGCGAGGAUGAGACCGAGGACGAGGACGUCGAGCCCUCUGGGGAGGACGUCGUGGGAGGCUUGGCCGACUACCAGGCACAGCUUGGAAUCCAGAAGGAAGACGACCGCAAGAGUGACAACAGAUCAGUGCCUGCGGCAGUGCGUGCGGCUGCUAAAGAGGCAUCCGGGCCUUCCAGUAAAGCUGCAGCCAGGAGAGCAAAGGAAACCAAAGAGCAAAUCCUGUUGCUGCCUGAAGGCCUUGGUUCGAUCCGUUACAAUCCCAAAACCAAGAAGAUGAUUGCGCACUGUGCCAAUGCGGCGCACGGCUUGUGUCGCCGUGAGCGCACUUGCUGCCCCCGGGAUGCAUCUGCCCCUGGCAGACCACUGGGAUUGUUGGGAGCCUGGCUGCAGCAGUCAUCCCAGCACAAAGAUCGGCAAUCUCACGUUUUUGUCUGUUCCCCCAGCAUCGAAGAGCGCAGGCAAGCUCGAGCUAUGUUACAUGGCCUUUCUGGUUCAGCUGCCUUCUUUGACAAGGAGAAAGAAUGUGUGGAUGGGGCAGAUUCCGAGCCAGAAGAUGUCACUUGA